AUGUCGACCGCUGCUUCUACUGAUGUGGACCCCACCAUCUGGCGAGCUUGUGCCGGUACCUCCGUCCAAAUCCCAACUGUCAAUUCUAGGGUUUACUACUUCCCCCAAGGCCACUCCGAGCAAUCGUCCACCGUUCCUUUUCUCUCUCCUCUCGUCCAUUCCCAGCCAUUCAUUCUCUGCCGCGUCCUCUCCGUCAGAUUCCUCGCUAAUCCCCACACCGACGAAGUGUUCUGCUCGCUGAAACUCCUCCCCUUGUCACGUGCCCCUAACGUGAACGGUCAGGAACGAGACUCGAUUGACGGAAAUGAUGAGGAUUAUCAAGAAAACGACAUCGUGUCGUUCGCGAAGAUUCUGACGCCGUCGGAUGCGAACAAUGGCGGAGGGUUCUCGGUGCCGAGGUUUUGUGCCGACUCGAUUUUCCCGCCGCUGAAUUACUCGGCGGACCCUCCGGUGCAGAACAUACUAGUGAGGGACGUGCACGGCGUUGUUUGGGAGUUCCGGCAUAUCUACCGAGGGACACCCCGGCGGCACUUGCUCACCACCGGUUGGAGUAAGUUCGUGAACCAAAAGAAACUAAUCGCCGGCGAUUCCGUCGUUUUCAUGAGAAAUCGGAGGAUUAACGAGCUCUUUUGUGGAGUCAGACGAGCAGUGAGAGCGAACUCUGACAGUAAUGGAAGGUGGAAUUGUCCGUUGGGAUCGAAAAAAAUCAAGGACGAGGAGGAGAGUGAAGGUAGAGACGGGUUUUCGAGGAAUGGGAGGGGAGGGUGUCAGCGGAGUCGAUGGUGGAGGCCGCGGAGAUGGCUGCCAGGGGAAUGGAGUUUGAGGUGGUGUGUUAUCCGAGGUCGGGGUGGGCAGACUUCGUGGUGA